AUGAAACCUUCGAUUUCUAUCUUUCUCCUGUCAAGCUUCCUUCUCCACGACGGAUCUGCCUUUGUCAGCGUGCCAUCACGUUCCAUUUCAAGACAAACCUUUUUGCAAGCCGAGGCUCCUUCUGAACAGCCACCAGCAUCAGCAAACGAACCAAAACCGGCCCAACCCAAGGCAGUCAUUUUGGAUCCCUACCUUCCUGCAGCAGACCCCAAAUACAAAGUCACUGGAAAGGUAGGAGGAGGAGACUUUAUCGUUUCCAGAAGUGGUGGUCCUACGGACGAAGAAUUGACCGACGAGAAUUUGUACCGUAUCAUCGAACGCAAGGCGAGUGAUUUGGAAGUCAAUACAUUGGUGUGGAAGUGCUUGGGAUACCGUUUUGACGGCCAAGAGUGGGCACCAGAAGAAGUAUUUCCCAAGUGGAAGGACCGUUUUCCGGAACCUCCAGAUUUUAUCGGUAUGCAACGCAUGUACUCCAAGGAGAUUGAUGGACCGUGUCUUCGAAAUAACCAGUCGCUGGUGCGAUCCAUCCCGGCAGAAAACAAGGACAGUUAUUUGAAAAAGCACAUGAUGCCAUUUGGAUUCACAGGAUACAAGGUUUCCGAAUUGACUCCCAACUUGACUCGUCGGGCGCAAUGCACCAAUUGGUUGUUAUUCUACCGCGAAGAACUUUAUGGAUACACAGUAGAAGAACUAAGAGAACGCAGACGCCUCAAACAAGAACAACAAGAGAAGGAACGUUUGGUGCGGAUAGAAAAGGGAGAAGAAGAAGAAUGGAAACCACCAGUGAAGGAAGUCUUUUAA